AGGAGAGAAGAGAAAAGAGAAGAGAGGAGCGCAGGAGCAUAGAGCAGAGAGGAGAGAGGAGAGAAGAGAGAAGAGAGGAGCGCAGAGCAGAGAGAGGCUCACACUUCACCACUCCAACAGGGAGAGGCACACGCUCUGUUCCGUGUUCCGUGUUCUGUGUCCUGUGAUCUGUGUUCUGCAGGCUACAGGCUGAACAUGAACUCCUGUGGUGGGGUGGCGGGUCAGUUCAGUGGCAUGCAGGGGAUCAGCGGCAGGCUGGUUGGACGUCUGUAGGGUGUGUGUGUGUGUGUGUGUGUAUGUGUGUGUGUGUGUGUGUGUGUGUGUGUGUGUGAAGCCCGCUGCCUGCUUGUGUCUUGGGGGCCUCAGACAUGGACCCCCAGCUCUGCGGUCCUGUGACGGUCUGGCGCCGACCCGAAGAGGAUGUCCUGCAUCGGGCACCCGCCCGGGGCCCCGGGGCCGUGUGAGUGUGAGCGCGCAUGUGUGUGCGCGCGUGUGAGUGAGCGCAGCGGCGGACGCAGGCAACACAUCAGAAGCCACAUGAGGGAAGUGAUGGAACAGCUGGAGUACGUGCUCGCCGAGCUCAAGGACGUGGCGCGAGAACUUCAGGAGGUGGUGGGUCAGAUCGACAAGCUGACCGGCGACAUGCCCCUGGAUGCUGACACGGACCAGUCCAUUGCUGCCAGCAGCUCCUGCAGCAGUGAGAGAGGGCCAUCAGACACACACACCCACACACACUCUCACACACACACACUCCAGAGGCACCUCUCCCAGGACACGCUGCCUGACUCCUGCAGCUUGGGGACUGUGUCAGAGAACCCCCUCCUUAGUUCCAGAACAGAACUCAGGUGGAGCCAGCCUCAGCCAGUCCCCACUGGAGCUGCUCAAGUGAAUGAAAGGAACUAUUUCCUUUCAUACAGUCCAAAGAGUUCUUGCUUCACCCCAAACAGCGCGAAGAGUUCCUGCCUCUUCCCUAACAGUCCAAAGAGUUCCUGUCUCACCUCUAACAGUCCGAGAGCUUCCUGUCUCACCCCAAACAGCCCCAGACGUUCCUGUUCAAACAGCCCCAGGGGGUCCUGUCCAAACAGCCCCAGGGGUUCCUUCAGCAGCCCGAUCGGUUCGUGGGUGUCGGUGUUCAGGGACAGCAGGCGCCUCAGCGAUCGGGAGCUCCACGCCCUGUGCUGUGAUGAUGAUGAUGAUGAUGACGAAGAGGAGGUGGAGGGCCGGAGCAGUGGACUACGCUCCUCCAGACUGUCCUCCAGCGACUCCGUGUUCUCCUCCACUCCCCCUCCCCGCCCGUUACCGUUGGCGACGCUGACCCCAAGUCAGAGGAGGAGGACGCAGCGCAGUUGUUCCACGCAGACCGUCUCGGACAAGAGCACCCAGACUGCAUGACCCUAUGUCUCUCCCAAACAGAGGAACUAA